AUUUAAUGAAAAUAUCCAUGCUUAAGGGGUAAAAAUGGCCGGCUUCCUAGAUAAUUUCCGUUGGCCAGAAUGUGAAUGUAUUGACUGGAGUGAGAGAAGAAAUGCAGUGGCUUCUGUGGUAGCAGGCAUAUUGUUUUUUACAGGUUGGUGGAUAAUGAUUGAUGCAGCCGUGGUGUAUCCUAAGCCAGAACAGUUGAACCAUGCCUUUCACACAUGUGGUGUAUUUUCCACAUUGGCUUUCUUCAUGAUAAAUGCUGUGUCAAAUGCUCAGGUGAGAGGUGACAGCUAUGAAAGUGGCUGUUUAGGAAGAACAGGUGCUCGAGUUUGGCUUUUCAUUGGUUUCAUGUUGAUGUUUGGGUCACUUAUUGCUUCCAUGUGGAUUCUUUUUGGUGCAUAUGUUACCCAAAAUACGGAUGUUUAUCCAGGACUAGCUGUGUUUUUUCAAAAUGCACUUAUAUUUUUUAGCACUCUGAUCUACAAAUUUGGAAGAACUGAAGAGCUAUGGACCUGA